AUGGAUAAUGCUUGGAAAAAAGCCUUUACGAAAAAUAGAAUGAACAUUUUGAAGAACUUAGCCAACCCAAACAGUGUCGCGGACUACCUUUUUAGCGAUGGGAUAUUUGACAAGGAAAUGCAUGCCUUAGUAGAUCAAGAACCAGAAACAGAAAAGAAAACUAAAUUGAUACUGAAUACCCUUGACCGCCGAGGACAUCGCAGUGUUAAAAGUCUUUACAAUGCGUUCAAUGAAACUGGGAAUGAUGCAUUAGCCGAUCUGUUAGUCGACUAUGCUAGAAUUAUUGACAAAAAGGAGAAUUUCAAUGACCCUAAAGCAUGGCCACCAGAGGAAGCAGAACAAAAAGAAAUGGAGAAUCAUGAUGUCUUCGAAAUAAAAGACACAAAGAGUCCUCUAAUGCAUGAUUACAACAAAGAAGAUGUUUAUAGACUUCAUGGUGAAAAACGAGGGAAAGUAUUUAUCAUCAAUAAUACAUUUUCACACAGAGAAGACCAACAUAGAAAGGGCUCGAACGUUGAUGAGAAAAAUGUUAAAGAUUUAUUUGAACAGCUGCAUUUUGAUGUUGUAACAAAGACUGAUUUACCAGCCGAGAAAAUGGUGAGAGUUUUAGAGGAAGAGCGAGAUAAUAUCAAGAACUGGAAGGAAAUAGAAUGUGUCGUUCUUGUCAUAAUGAGUCACGGAGAAGGUGUAUACAUCUGUGGAAACGACAACAAAAUGAUUAAACUAACAGAUAUUAUUGAAGUGUUUGAUACCGAGCAUUGUCCCGGUUUAGACGAAAAACCAAGAUUGGUAUUUGUGCAGGCUUGUCGAAAAGUUAAUCAUUCCGAAAAAGAGCUUUCAGAGUUGUGUAUUAAAGUUGAAAAGCAAAAAUUGGAAUCUAAAUCUGGCGAUCACCUGGAUUCAGCACCUUUCAAGGAUGAAAAACAAUCACCAGUAAAACACCCAUCAGCAGAUUUUUUAGUCGUGUAUGCAACACCUUCAGGGACACUUUCAUAUAGAAACGUUUUCACUGGAUCAUGGUUCCUGAAUGCAGUUGUAUGGACAUUUAAAAACCAUGCUAAACGUGAAGAGCUGCAUCAUCUGCUCAUUAGAGUGAACAGAUUAGUUGCCAAAGGUGCAGGCGAAGUUAAGUAUGGUCCGAAAUUGACUGUUUCUGAAGUAAAAUCAAAUCUAAGGAAGAGAUUUUACUUCUUUCCGGGUGUUUAUGGAGACUCUCCUAAGCUGUUUAAAGACAAAACACCAAUUUGACUGAAACCUGAAUCUGAACAUAAACCUUAAAGUAAACACGUACAUAUGAUUAUGUAGCGUAUAUUCAAUUCAGAACAGAAUCAGCAACCGAAAUUAGAGACCCUGCAAAUUGUGUUUUAAAAAGUAAUUUUAUAGGAAAUUUUAUAUCAAUGUACAGCUAAAUGCAUUAGUUUUGAAAGUAUAAUUAUAAAAGUUGUAUAUCUGCUUCAUAUUUAUGACUAUUUUAGCUUCAAAAAGAACUAGAGGUUUGUCCAUUAUUUUAGAAAUUGUCACAUUUUUCGAAUUUAUAUGUUAUUUUAUAUGUGACGCCAACCCUCACCCUUUGAAAUAUUUUUUUCAAAAUUAGUACAUAUUGUAUCUAUAGAUUUGUUCAGCAAAAAUAUUUGUGCACCACUGACUUUUUAUAAAGUUGUCACAUAUUAUCUAAAUUAUGCAACAAAGAAAGGCUUUAAUAAUUUCACGUACAUUAUGACGUCACGCACACGACAUUGGUGAUUUUAUUUUACUGAAACAAUUGGACAUUUCAAUUCAAGUAUAUUUUUUCUUCAAAUUAUCAUUAUUACAUCUAAAUAAAUUCAGAUUUUAAGGGUAAACAUUAUGAGUCAGUGAAACAAAUCCCUUAUGUGAGAGUAAAACAGUAGUUAUAAGGGAGACAUAUUUGAAAUUUGAAAGCAUA